CAUUCAGCAUCCAAUGAUUCUGAAACCUCGUCGCCAUCUACGUCUACAGCUGCAACAAAUACGUCUGAUACCCCAUCAUAUCAAUCGAUGACGAUAUCACCAGUAUCAUCUUCAUACGUUCCUCCAACAAAUCUUUAUCUUGUCGCUAAGCCGUUUAAGAAUCCGCAUUAUAAAACGCCGAAAAAGUUCAAGAAUCUUAAACAAAUCCUUGCUGCUGAAAAGGCACAGCUAUCACCAUUGGAUCUGCCAACAUAUUCGAAUAUCGAGGCUCCCCCGUCAUUAAUACCUCAGAAGAAAUAUUGUGACAUUACGGGAUUAGAGGCUCGCUAUACAGAUCCAAAGACAAGACUUCGUUAUCACUCGGCCGAAGUAUAUAGAGAAAUCAAACAACUUGCACCGAGCGUUGUGCAACAGUAUCUUGGGCUCAGACAUGCUGCUGUUGUGUUGCGAUGA